AUGGCACACCAGCACAUUACCCAGAGCAACAUCCACUUCAAGUGGUCGCGCAAGCUCGCCCCGGCCCUCACCGUGGCGUCGGGCGCCGAGGUCACCUUUGACCUGCGCGACGGCGGCAACAACCAGAUCACGCCCGAAAACCAGGCCACGAUCCUAGACCACCUCGACUUUGGCACCAUGGACCCGGGCUUCGGUCCCGUCGCCGUCGAGGGUGCUGAGCCCGGCGACGUGCUGCGCAUCGACGUCCUCGAGCUGCAGCCUGGCGCGUACGGCUGGACGGCCAUCCUCAACGACUUUGGCCUGCUGAGCGACGAGUUCCCCGAGCCGGCGCUCAAGAUCUGGGACCUGAGCGACGCGGCCACCACGGGCUACGCCGAGUUCAAGAAGGGCAUCCGCGUGCCCGUGCGGCCCUUCCUGGGCGUCAUGGGCCUCGCGCCGGCCACGGACGAGGAGCUGCCGACCGUGCCGCCGUACGACUGGGGCGGUAACGUCGACUGCAAGCACCUGACGCGGGGCUCCGCGCUGCUACUACCGGUGCAGACGGCCGGCGCGCUGUUCAGCUGCGGUGACGGCCACGCGGCCCAGGGCGACGGCGAGGUGUGCGGCACCGCCAUCGAGACGCCGAUGCGCGCCCGCCUCCGCUUCACGCUGGAGAAGGGCAAGCCGUGGGUGCGCUCGCCGCACCUGAUCACGCCGCCGGGCGAGCAGCCGUACGCGGAUCGGGGGCAAGAGUACGCCGUCAUGGGCAUCGACGCGGACCUGCGCGAGGCGACGCGCAAGGCGGUGCGCUCGGCCAUCGAGUGGCUCAGCGCGGAGAAGGGCCUGGAGAGGUCCGAGGCGUACAUGUUGUGCUCGGUGGUCGGCGACCUGAAGAUUGCUCAGACCGUGGACAUGCCGCACUACGGUGUCGUCUGCUCGAUCCCGCUCGGCAUCUUUGUUGAUGAGUGA